CCCAGACGAUCCUCAUCCUGCUUCCUCCAAAGAUCACGAUGAUAUCGGCAGCAACGCCCAUGGCACUCGUUGCCAGGCAUGCUCCGGCUGUGAGCAUGUCUCGCUUUGCUAAGCCUACCUCAGCUUCACAGGUGCUGCGCAGCUUCUCCAGCUCGGCGUCGAAAUGCUCCACCGCUGCUCCUACCCCAACCUUCUCCAAACCACGUCGAAGUCUCCUUUACGUGCCCGGCUCGAGCGAGAAGAUGCUGAGGAAAGCAGACUCCGCAGGGGCAGACACAAUCGUUCUGGACUUGGAGGACUCAGUCGCCGAUCAUCAGAAGGGCAGGGCGAGGGAGGCAGUCUACCACAAGCUCAACGCUCUGGCCCAUCCCGUAGAAGGCAACUCCAGCGGACGAUCGGAGAUGGCUGUGCGAAUCAACCCGCCGUCGGGUAGCGGUCCCUUAGCCGGUGACGAUCUGGAACUCCUCCUGCCGCUGGAGCAGCUGGAGUGUAUUCUUCUGCCCAAAGUCGAGAGCGAGGAGGACGUUCUCUUCGUCAUCAGUCGAGCGCAGCAGCUUCGGCCUAAGGAGGCUCCUCCACUCUCUCUGAUCCUCUCCGUGGAGAGCCCGGCAAGUCUCUUCCGCAUGCCGACCAUACUGGACACUGUCAAGAAGACAGCAGGCGUCUCCACUGCGGGCGUCACCUCGCUGCUCUUCGCCUCGGAAGACUUUUGUCACACCGCGGGAAUCACCAGGACUAGGAGCAGGCGGGAGCUGCUCUUCCCACGCCAACAGUUGGCCCUGAUUGCAAAGGCUUAUGGAGGCUUGGGGGCAAUCGAUAUGGUUUGCAUUGAUUACAAGGACGAAGAGUACCUUCGUGAAGAGUGCAGGGACGGGAAUGAGAUCGGGUACGAUGGAAAGCAAGCAGUGAGUGACAGGGCUGCAGCAGGGACAGCUGAGCCGCCUACUCUCUCCCUACACGAAGCCAUCUUGCGAGCCGUCAAGAUUAAGGCUGCCUAUGAAGAAGCGGUAAAGGGUCACCGAGGCGCAGUUGGAGUGACUGUAGGCGAGCAGACGUUGAUGAUCGAUGCCCCACAAGCCGAUGCUACCCUGGCCAAAGCGCUGGCGGCCAAGAAGCCGAUACCCGAUCCCAGAUCAUCGUAGCUUAUCCUGUCUUAUAUUCCUCGAUUCCUGCGUCACUUUGCUUUCUUCUUCCUAGCCUCGACCGAAACC